UUGAUAUAAAGAUCAUCGGAAGAAGAGCCAAAGGGUGAGGUUAUUUGUGGUCAUUAAUGGGGUCUGCUGCAGUCAUCUCCAUUCCUGAAGAACAUGACAAGGAUCAAAGAGUUAUUGGUAGAGUUCCCAUGGAUCAGGAAGAACACAAGAACCCAAAUAACAAUAACAACCAUUGGUUAUGCUCCAUCAGACAAGGAAUAAAGAGGCAAGACAUGAGGAAAGUUAUUCACAGUGUUAAGGUUGCGAUUGCAUUAGUUGUUGUCUCACUCCUUUAUCUCCUUGAUCCUCUCUAUAACCAAGUUGGAGAUAAUGCCAUGUGGGCUAUAAUGACGGUUGUCGUCGUCUUUGAGUUCUUCGCAGGAGCUACACUGAGCAAGGGGCUUAACAGAGGGUUGGGCACCAUUUUAGGCGGUGGGUUGGGGUGCUUGGCGAGUGCUUUUGCUCAAGAUCUUGGUGGACUCGCCAGUGCUAUCAUUAUUGGAAUUUCUGUCUUCAUCUUUGGGGCUGUAGCGUCUUACUUGCGGAUGGUGCCGAAUAUAAAGAAGAAAUACGACUAUGGAGUGAUGAUAUUCAUAUUGACAUUUAAUUUGAUAGUGGUAUCUGGUAUGAGAGCCGAUAAGAUUAUGAGAUUGGCAAGAGAACGGCUGUCUACUAUUGCUAUGGGUUUUGCGGUCUGCAUUUUCAUAAGCUUCCUCAUUUUCCCAAGUUGGGCUAGCGAUGAGCUUCAUGAUUCCACCGUCCUUAACUUCCAUAACUUAGCCAACUCCAUUCAAGGAUGUAUGGAGGCUUACUUCAACUCAACUGAUGAGAAGAAGAAGAACAAGUCUGAUGCCAGUUUCAGUUCUUGCAAAUUGGUUUUGAACUCAAAAUCAAAAGAUGAUUCACUGGCAAAUUUUGCAAAGUGGGAACCAUGGCAUGGAAAAUUUGGACUCAACUACCCAUGGCACAAAUAUCUACAAAUUGGAGAACUGCUAAGAGAGCUUGCUGCCACUGUCAUUUCAAUCAAAGCUUGUCUUCAAUCCCCUAGACAGCCAUCAUCAGGCAUGAGAGAGGCUAUCAAGGAGCCAUGUGAGACAGCAGGGUCUUCCAUUAUAUGGACACUGAAAGAGCUUGGAGAAGGAAUCAAGAAAAUGAAAAGGUCUCAAAUAGAGGGUGUGAUAGUGCCCAAACUAAAGUUGGUUAGACAAGAAUUGAGCCUUAUCGUUACUCCAUCCAAGCUAGGCCCCAUUGAGAAUUCUGAUGGACUGGCAAUGGCUAGCUUUCUCUUCUUAAUCAUGGAGAUUUUGGAGAAAGUAGAAGAACUAGCCAAAGAGGUUGAAGAACUUGAGGAGGCUGCUCGAUUUCGUACCACUUGAAUUUCCAUCAUUUGUUCUAUAUGCUUUUAUUACUUAUUAGUCUUAUGUAUAUAAUUAAUUACAAAUUUUUGGAGAUGAUCUAUAAAUACAUGUAUAUUGGAAAGAAGUGAGAUGAGUAAAUUAUGAGAUGAAGCAAUUUAAAUAAUAUUGGUCUA